AGCCUUAAAAGCCAGCGCCGGGCGUGGGAGGCGAGCGUAAGGCGCGGCUUUGCUUGGCUUCAUCCGGCGGCGCUCGCAGCCACUCUCCGCGGAGGAACGAUUAAGUUUUUGGAAAUCCAUCACCCACACACCUUAGCGUCAUGGCGAACCGAGGCCCUGCUUACGGACUCAGUCGGGAGGUUCAGCAAAAGAUCGACCGGCAGUACGAUCCUGAGCUUGAACAGAUUCUGAUCCAGUGGAUCAAGGCCCAGGUUGGGCCAAACAGCGGGGAGCCUGAGCCAGGCAAAGACAAUUUCCAGAAAUGGCUGAAAGACGGCACGGUGCUCUGCCAGCUGAUCAACAGCCUCUAUCCCAAGGGCCAGGGGCCUGUGGCCAAGAUCCAGUCUUCCAGCAUGGCCUUCAAACAAAUGGAGCAGAUUUCUCAGUUCUUACGCGCAGCGGAGAAGUACGGCAUCCUGGCUUCGGACAUUUUCCAAACCGUAGAUUUGUGGGAAGGGAAGAACAUGGCCUGCGUCCAGAGGACCUUGAUGAACCUGGGGGGGUUGGCAGUCUCCAAAGAGGACGGCUUCUUCGCGGGAGACCCCAACUGGUUCCCCAAGAAAUCCCAGGAGAAUCGCCGGGCCUUCUCGGAUGACAAACUGAAAGAGGGACAAAACGUCAUCGGGCUGCAGAUGGGGACGAACCGAGGGGCUUCCCAGGCCGGGAUGACGGGCUACGGGAUGCCGCGCCAGAUCCUUUGAGCCCACCGUUGCCGGCCUCCUCCUUCGCCUCCUCCAAUAUCUUCCUUUUCCAGAGAACUUUCCGGUGUUUCUUCUCCGUGAAACGAUCAUUUUUGGAUUCUCCAUUUUCCCUCCAAGCUCCUUUCCACCGUUUUUUUUUAAUAUUAAAAAAAACCACACCCUCUAGGUAUUUUUUUUUCCAGUCGUAUCUCCCCGUUCCUGCUUUUCCUGUCUCGGUUGGGGUUAUUUUUUUCCCGGCCUCUCCAACAUCUCGUGGCCCUUCAUCUCUCCGAGGAUCCCCAAAUGUUGAUAUUGGUUUCCCCCUCUCCCAUCCGCUCAUGGCCAGUUCCAAAGACGAGAUGGUGUCUUUCCCGUAUCUUGUCUUCCUUGCUCCAAAUGCUGACCUUUUUAAGGCAGCUGCUUUGGAACCAAAACCAACCCACUUCUUAAUUUUGAGUGAGUUGUUGUCUCGAGACUAGGAAGAUCAGGUGAUUCACCCCAUUCUCCCAAAAAAGUCACCCCUGGGAAGCUGGGUGCUCGACAGGACCCCCUAUCUACGCUUCCUGGCUUCAGCUUUUAUUUUGAGGAAGGGGCGGUGGCGUUAAUACAAGAGGGGGCAGAACCGUGCCGCUGAGUUUGAUGUAGUCUGUUUCUCUCUUUCUUUUGCAAAAUACUUAAAUCAAUCCAAGGGGGAGGGGGGGAAAGGAAAACCACCCUUGAGAGUAGGGAGAUCCAUGGUGCUGAGUGCCCGUACCCACCCUCCACAGCCGGACCAGCCUUUUUGGUCCUGGCCUUUGGGAACAUGGUUGAGUCACACACGCAGCUUUGGGGGGCAAAGCCAGAAGCGAGAUAACUUACCCUGAACUGCGGGAAAGUAUUUGGCCUUGAGGCUCUUGAUAAGAAAUAAAGGUUGCUCAAUUCUUUUGUUUA